CCACCAUAUCUACUAUCUAGACUUGUUUUAAUGUUCAUAAAUAAUGGUUACAUAUCAUAUAUAUGUUGGGGGAAAAAAAAAUAAAAAAGUGUGCUCAACCCCAACUUACAAAAAGUAUUUUUUAAAAUAAAGACGAAAAAAAAAAAAUUAGAUAAGUCCAAAAACGUUGUCAAAUGAAGCCCCACACAAUCCUAGUCCAUCAGCCUUCACCCCAAAACCUCUAAGACCAACUUACAAAAGCCAACCUAGCAACCAUAACAAUAACAAAAUUCUUUAAUUUUUUUUUACUAUAAAAAGAUAUCAAAUUUAUCUAGAUAUUUUUAUCACAAGAAUAUUUCAAUAAUUACAGUGAUUGUUUGGUUUCUUUACUUUUAAAAAAAAAAUUAAUAAUAUGUUUGGACAGUUACUACAGUGAUUAGUUAUUUUUUUGAGUAAAAAAAUUAGGGUUUUUUUUUUAAGGUCCCUCGUAUUAAGAUUUUAUAGCAUAAAAGACAUCAAAUAUUUUUAUAAUGUCUAAGGUCCCUCAAGAUAAUCCAGAGAAAAUUCACGUCACAGAGAAAAUUGGUCCAGAGAAAAUUCACGUCACAGAGAAAAUUGUUCUAGAGAAAUUCUGGAUUAUUCCAGAGAAAUUUUGAAAAUUUCUCCAGACAACGUAGCAACCCUUUCUUCAAGCUACCUUUGCUCUUGCUGAAAAUCCAGAGAAAGUUGGAAAAGAAGAGGUUGUCAAAUUUCUCUGGACAACAUUGAGGACUAGUUCAAUCCAAACCAGAGAAUUUCUCUGGACUAAUCCAGAGAAAAUUCAGUUUAAACCCGAAAAUUUCUCUGGACCAACCCAGAGAAAUUUCAGUUCAAAUAAGAAAAUUUCUCUUCACCAAUUCAGAGAAAUUUCAGUUCAAAGCAGAGAGAAGGUCAUUUCAUUGAGUGAAUAAGCAACAAUAGCAACCUAUAUAUAUAUAUAUAUAUAUAAAUAUUAAAAUGUGUUUUUGUGCAAAGAGAAAUCAAUUAAUGAAAUACAAUCUUGAAAGAAGCUUUGAGAGCGUAGCACCACCAGAUCUGUUUUUUCUGUCAAGGUUCGGCAUCGCCGAAACAUGGACGGCGUUGGUGAUGGAACGAUCAAGUUGGGGACUGUUCCAUUAAGGAGAAGAGACUCGACCACGGCUAGUUUGAGUACUGCUAACUCUAAUCUCCCUGGACCUAAUUUAAACCUUUCUAAUCUUAUAAUUGCCUUCUCAAACAAAGGUUUCACUGCUAAAGAAUUGGUGGCUCUUUCAGGAUCUCACACAAUAGGCCAAGCAAGGUGCGCAGUCUUCAGAAGCCACAUCUACAAUGACACCAACAUAAAUGCAGAAGAAAACACAAGAACCGAAGAUGUCGCGUGAAGAAGAAGAGGAGAUGAUGAGGGAAUUGGAACGCAAAGAGAGAGAGAGAGGAAGUGUUGCUCUGCAGUACAGGAUGAGAGACACAAAGUUAAAUUUCUCUGAUAUAUGUUUAGGGACUUUAGACAUCAAAAAAUAAUUUUAUGGAUCUCUUCCAUUAUGAAAAGUGGGAGAGGGACCCUAGACUAAUUUUUUCAAAAAAUUAAUAUGACAUUUGAUUUUUUUAUAUAAUAUCAUACAACUUUUUUUAUUUUACCUCAAAACUUAUUUUUUAUUUUUUAUUUAUUUUUCACAUUAAUAAAAGAGUAGUGAAAAAUUUUAA